AUGGCGGCAAAGGAAACAGUUCCCAGAGGAGUAACUUAUUGCUGUGUCCCACUUUGCCACGGUUAUAGUGGCAAAGUCAUCAAUGGAAAGACAGUAAAACUUCACAAACUUCCAAAGGAUAGUAAAGCAAGAAGGAUUUGGAUCACUAGGCUCAGAAACAUGUGUCAAAACUUUUCUGCAAAGCUUGGAACAAGGGUUUGCAGCUUGCAUUUCAAAGGCAGAGAAGGCCCAAAGCUGUGGUGUCAGUUCCUGACAUUGUUCCCCUGGAAGCCAGCCCCGAAAUCUCAUCAACGGAAUACUCCUUCACCUAGCAGAUCAGGGGAAUCGUUAACAUGUUCGAAAGUGCGAACUUGUCGAGAGCUUUUAAAAGAUUCAGGUGGACCACUAGAUUCAUCGAAAACUACUGGAAAAAACUUUGAUCGUUUCCAUGACUAUAUCCCUGCCAAGGUAUGUGCGUUUGCCUCUGGAGAUAUUUCUAGGGAUGGAUCAAGAGAUACAGGUGUUCAACUUUGUUACGAUUGUGUUGACAGUGGUAUUCAAACGGAAACUGAAAUGAAAGAUGUUGGAAUACAGAUAGAUGGAAAGACAAAUUAUUGGAAUGGAAAGGAUUCACUAAAGCAUAAAGAAUAUUUGGAAGAUAAUGUUAAGCAGAGGCCAGGUCCUCAAAGAAAAAUGAGACUUGUGGAGGAGUAUUUGAUGGUGUUCAUGAGGCUCAGGCUUGGACUACUGGAACAGGACUUGGCACAGAGAUUUUGUGUCUCACUUCUAGUUCGUAUUAGUCCUACAGGAGUAGUCACAUUUUUGCCAAAGUUGUGGGGAGGUAAUGCAUCUGACAAGCAGAUUGUUAAGGAAACUGGUAUACUGAAUCUACUUGAGAAAGGUGACAGUGUGAUGGCCGACAAGGGGUCCACAAAUCAAGAUUUAUUGGAUCCACUAGGUGUUACCCUUAACAUGCCUCCCAAACAGGAAUCAAAUAGACAACUGUUAAGGCAGGAGGUUGAGCAAACAAGGAGAAUUGUCACCAUGAAAAUUCACGUUGAACGUAAAAUGGAACAAAAAAAGAAUUUUAGGAUUUUGCAAGGUGUCAUCCCAGCUACAGAAUGGCACAAUGCAAACAAUAUUGUGCUUAUUUGUGCAGCUCUUUCAAAUCUUAACCUCCUCUUGCAACUUAGUAGUUAUUAA